UGCAGAUUAAAGCAGCUGUCAAGCCAGGGUGAAGGAUCAGUGGCCAGGCAGAGUCUGUGGAGAAGAGACGGAAGGCUCCGCCGUGAAACUCUGAGAUGUGAAUAAACGAUGAACUGCCUCAUGAAGCAGAAACAGGAACAUUCUGGUCCAUGCUGGACAAGAAUGGCACCGCCUUCUAGUCUUUGCCUCCUUCUUUUCAGUGCACUGGGGGUCUUUGCACUUGACCACUUCAUGAAAGGUCAGAAGAACAGCACACUUAUUUUCACGAAGGAAAACACCAUUCGGAACUGCAGCUGCCCUGCAGACAUCCAGGACUGUGACUACAGUCUGGCCAAUCUGAUAUGCAGCUGCAAAACCAUCCUGCCUUCUGCAGCAGAGCAAACCAGCUACAGUGGCCAUCUGACCAUCUGGUUCACCGACACAUCAGCACUGGGCCGCCUCUUGAACUUCACACUGGUUCAGGACCUGAAGCUUUCUCUGUGCAGCUCCCACACCCUCCCCACUGAGUACCUGGCAGUGUGUGGGUUGAGGAGGCUUCGCAUCAACACUGAGGCCAAGCAUCCCUUCGCAGAGCAGAGCCUGCUCAUCCACAGUGGAGGAAAUGGCCGCUCCAAAGAGACACCCGAGUUGUUACACAAAGGCUGGCAAACGUGCAUGUUUAUUUCAUUCCUAGAUAUGGCUCUUUUCAACAGAGACUCAUCUUUAAAAUCAUACAGUGUUGAAAACAUUUCCAGCAUUGCCAAUGACUUCCCUGACUUUUUUUACUUUAAGACCUUCCCAAUGCCAAGCAACAGAAGCUAUGUUGUUACGGUCAUUUACUAAUGUUAUACCUGUGUCUCACUGCCUGGAACUUUGAUAAACGAUGGAUUCUUCAAAUAAAAAAAAUCUGGGAAUAAGGCCAUGAGAUAGGUAUAUCUACCUCUAACUGUGUCUUUUCCCUCAGCCCACUUACAAAUAACUACUUCUCUUUGCUCUAUGCUCAACCUUAGGAACUAUUUUGAAGAAAAAAUUAAUAGGAAGCAA